UAAGGGAAGGAAGAGGAGAAGGAGACAAGGGAGUGAAGGUGAGAGGAGGUAAAGGAGAAGAUUUUUUUUCCAUCCCCCUCCAGCUGAGCUGGAGCGUUUGCAGCUGGAGGAGCAACGGAGGCAGGAGGAGGAGAGCGAGAUGCUGCAGGAGAUGGACGAGGACGAGAGGGUCGAAUACCUCCGCAGGAAGGAGGAGGAGGAGGAGGAGAGGAGGAAGAAAGAGGAGGAGAGCCGGAGGAGAGAAGAGGAGGCCGCCCUGUGGGCCGCGGAGGAGGCUCGGCUGCAGGCGGAGCAGCUCGCCAGAGAGGUGGCGCUGUUGCAGCAGCAGUUGGCCUUUAAACAGAGUCUCGCUUUGGAGGCCGGCGGUCUGGAGAAAAGUCAGGGAAUCUCCCGGCCGUGGAUUUACUCAUAUUUCAGUUUGCUGCAGCUGCUGGGUCUGAACCCGUCAGAAGACGAGACCUCCAGCUGAUUGAUGAAAUGAAAUGAGUCGGUUUGAUUUUAGAAAGAUCAAUAAAAUAAUCACCCGUCAAACCAUUUGAUUUCAUCCGUUGCAGUGAAGGAUGGUACAAGAGAAGUUCACAAUCACUUCGUCCUCUUGGCACAUGGAGACAAAAGACAAGACACAGUUAUUUUAGUAAAUUUCAAAACCUGCGGGAAACAUACGAAGAGAUCAGAAACUUCUCAAGGUCAAUAACCUGAGCAAAGAAUGAAAAUCUGUGUGUGUGUGUGUGUGUGUCAUUAUGUCAUACUGUCAUUUCAAAAAGCGCUGGGCGACACACAGAAGCCCAGAGAUGAUGCAAAGUGUCUGUAAUGAUCGUGUUCUGGUGUCACCUCCCUGGUGUGGCUCCUCCUCCGGGAACAGGACACUUCACAAAGCUAAUUACUGUAUGACUCAAUAGCUUCUGUGUGUUGUCUGCCUAGUGGGACAAAAACCUUGCACCCAAAAAGAUUUUAAAAAGUCAUAUUUUUGUGCAAUGUCAGAAUCUGUUGUUUCGUCAUUUGAGAUGAUUUCAACAUAGAGUUUUGAUGACGACCUCUGAGUGCGUACUGUAGCUUAGUAAGUUACAGUAGACACGCUCACUGUGUGAUAACCGUCAUUAUCCUGGGAGAGCGAUCAAACCGACUGCACUGCAGCGGAGGGGCCGAACCUUUGACACAGUAAACAACAAGUUUUUUUAAAGGUGCAUUUACUCAAAUUUAAGUUUGAUUUAACAAUUCGCAGAGGCGGGAAAAGUUGUUUUGUUUUAAAUGUUCAUUUUUAGUACAUUACAAGUAUUCUAGCCAUUAUUUACAGCCCAUGUGCACAAGGAGGGACAGGAAGUCUUGACAUGCUGGUGGCCCUGAAGUGCAAAUCACAAAGACAAAUGGGAAAACACAACAACAUUAACUCCUGACACCAACCUCUUUUUUGUUGUUGUUUAUUUUUGUUUUGUUCUUAUUAUACAUCUAUGCCUGAUUCCUCUUGCCUUCCGGUUCAAAGAGCAAAUCAGCGCUUCCGUCCAAUCAGCGAUGAUCUUUGUCGAUAGCUCUUUACCUUUUCCAUUAGAUUAGAUGAUGUCGUUUUGUGUUUUUAUAAAUGUUGUUGUGUUUUGUGA